UUUCCUCCUCCCGGGAUGGGGGCUCAGGGGGCCCAAUGGCGGCACCAGGCUGAAAGCGAACGCCUGGCCGUUAUGGCAGCGAACUGCGCUGGUAUUGCCCUGAGUUGUCACGGCAUCAUCAUGAAGUGUCAUGUAAAGCCUCCUGGCAGUGUGUCACCGCCCAAUAAGGUGGCUACUAGUCCCUUAUUACAAGGAUGUCCUUUAUGUUUUCAUCUUUGAACAAGAUUGGGAGUUACUGAGUGCUGCAAAAACAGCAAGAAAUACCUCACGCGAAUGUAGACUCAGUGGCAUUGUGCACCCUGGAACUCUUGGCAGGGAGGAGAGUUACGGUGGCACACAGAGGACUGUUGCUAUGGCAACAGCAGAAGCUGUCUGCAUCGGUGGGGCCAGGCAGGGUCCGGAAUAGCUUUCUUGGAACUCGGGGGUGAGGACAUCCUCACUGUGCACAGACAUUGCUCUAGAGACAAUGGAGCUAGUAGAAGCAACACAGCCAGCAGAUACAGGGGAGCCUAAGGAGCCAGAGUAUUCUAACCCUCUCCUGAGGCAUGCUCUCACUGGAGAUGUGGAAGGUGUGCAGCAGAUUUUUGCCGACCCAGAAGACCCUGAUGGUGAAAGGGCCAUGCAACUUCUCAUGGAAAAGGACAUCGUAGGGAGAGACGUACUGUACGCAACCAGCAUGGCUGGACAGAGUGCAGUCAUCAGAGCCCUGGCAAAAUACGGAGUGGUCAUGAAGGAUAAAACAGCCAGAGGUUACACACUCCUCCACUGUGCUGCGGCCUGGGGCCAGCUGGAGACUUUGAAAACACUGGUAGAACUGGAAGCUGAUAUUCUAGCAACGACUUUCCAGGGUGAAAAGGCCCGAGAUAUAGCCCACCGUUAUGCACAGAUAGACUGUGUCGAAUUCCUGGACUGGGCAGAAGCUAAGCAGGCUCUGCGGACGUUCAUUGCCCACAUCCAGGCAACGAUUGCAGACCCAGAGAAGGUGCAGGGAAGGCUGAACAAGGAAGACAAGAACAUGUCUCUCAGCGCCUGUCGUGUAAAAUCUGACUGGCUUGAGAACGCCAAGGAGCCCACCAGACAAGACUUCCUGGAUCAGAAGCAGCAGCUAGAAGAUAUCAUGCUUCCUGUCUUCACAAAGCUGGCCACGCCCCGUCCUCUGACAGCUAAGAGCACCAGGUCGGCAUUGAACUGCAGCAAAAUCUGAAGCUUCAUUUCCACAUCUCCUGCCUGUCUCAGGUAUAGCUGUUGUCCCAGAUGGCAGAAAACCUUCUAAGGAUCAUGCCUGCUGAAACAGGAAGGACAAAGCACAGCUGGGCUGUCAGGCUCGCUCUCUCACUUCAGUUAUUACUACAGGGCGCUAGUCAUGUGAGGUGCUUUACAAACACAGAAGGCAAAGGCCCUGUCCUGGAGAGUUUGCAAUCUAAAAAUAGCAAAGUCUCUCACCUGUCCCUCCCUUGAAUCAACAGGUGCAGUUUAAAAUCACCCAGCUGAGCACGUGCUGGAGGCUGCGCUCUGGCUGUCCUUAGUGGAGCUUCUGUUUUUUUUUCCCAUGCUGGUUUAAACCUCAGUCUCCUUCUCGUUUGGGUCAAGGCCAUUCUGUGACUGGGACAAGGGCUCGGCCUACGUGUGCUCAUUGUGUUCUGGGCCAAGCAUGGAUGGUCCCCAAGGGUUAUGCUGGGGCAUCUUUCCCUGACUGGAAUCGCCUGGCUGCCAGAGCCUCCGUGACUUGACUCUCAUUCUGUAGUGCUAUGUGCUGCCCACAAGCAAGAUGCUCACAAGAGUCUUUCAGCCAGGAUCCAUCAGAAUGAAUUCCAUCUGUUCACCUGGGUAGUGGAUCCAGCACAUGGCUGCUCACAUAAUCUUCUUGAUGAUGCAAAAAAUUAAUCAAAUAGCAGUAAUAACUCCUCAGCCAUCCGGUGUGACUCAUUGCCAUGGCAGCAGGCAGAAAGCCAGUUUGCACCAAACAUGCCAUAAAAUUAGUCAAAUCCACCACCAUAUGAGCCAUUGCUUUUGAUUACUUAGCUGUCCCAUGCAUGCGCCCUGUGGCUGAGCUCUGACUAGGUCUUAAGGGAAGCUUGUGGGUAGGUCAGAGAGUAGCUCUGUUUGGCCCUUCUGUUGCCACAGGCACCUUAUAAAAUGCCCUCUUUAAAAAGUG